CCUGCCUGUCACUGCGGGCGCUGUCACAUGUAGGCUUUUCUAGGAAAGUGUUUCCUGGAAGCUGAGCUGUUUUCUGUUCUGAAUAAAAAGCAGCCACACAUUCUCUCUCUCUCUCUCUCUCUCUCUCUCUUUGUGUGUGUCUGUUCUGCUGCAACAGUCUAACUUACAGCACGAGACACACGGCAGACAUUUUUAAAAUGUAUUUAUAUAUUUAUUUAUGAUUGAAACAACAGAUCCAGCGGGAGACAAAGCCACCGUUACCUUUUUUUUUUUUUUUUUCAUGUUCUGGACUGUCUUAGAAACCUGCUUUUGUUUGUCUGGAGAACACACUGCCAGUGUUGUCUGGUAGAAAUGGUUGCUCGGACUGGAGCUGUUUCACACCAUGAGCAGCAGGUGGGCUCCUGCUGCUCACACCAUUUUGUUUCAUACUGGGACCCAGCAAAGGACCUCCCCUGUGUCACCACCACGCUGCACCAUCUACAGACCUCAGGCUGGUACUGGGGUUCCAUCUCCGCCGGUGAGGCUCGUGAAGUUCUCCUGACUAAAUCUGAAGGAACGUUCCUGGUGCGGGACAGCAGUCACCCUCGUUAUAUGCUGACUCUGUCGGUGAAGACGCGCUGUGGACCUACCAGUGUGAGGAUACAGUACAGCGAGGGUACCUUCUGGCUGGACUCCAUUUCCUCUAGCGUGCCCAAACUGCAGUCUUUUCCAAGUGUUUUAAGCCUCAUACAGCACUACAGAAGCCCGAGUGGCACAGAACAGGACCCUCACCCAGAAGACAAACCUGACCCAGAUGGAGGAGUGCCUUUACGCCUUACGAACCCUUUACACAAACCCGGAGUCUGUCCUUCUCUGCAGCACCUGGCACGCCUCGUCAUCCACAGGCACUCAAACUGCUCACAAAAACUGCCACUCCCAAAACCUCUGCUGCACUACCUGCAAGAAUAUCCGUUCUACAUAUAAGAGUGUCAACAAUCCCCCGACGCCAAGGUCUCACUCAAGGACUGCCCAGCCUGUGAUUCUGAACUACUGUGGUCGAGGUGUGAUUGAUUGAUUGAUAUCAUUCAAAUGGCAGCAUUUUGGUGGCCAUUUUUAUCAGAGCUAUCAUAGAGCCUGCCGUGAGGUUGGAUUUCCAGUGGGAGACUCAGGUACCAGCUCCCUGGAAUAUGAGUUUCCAAGUUACACGUAAGCAACUUCUGCAAGAUUUUCCUUUUGAUACGAGGAAACAUCUAGUUACGAGAGCUUAACCGAGCUGUUGGUGUUGCUGACGAUGAUGAUAGUGGUGAUGUUGAUGAAGAUUAACUUUUGGUGUUUAAUAAAAUAAAAAAAUGAAAAAAAAAAUCCUUCUACUGCCAUAGUGGCUCCGACACUGUCGCGCUCACUGUCCCUCGCUGGGUUAUUUUACCCAUUUUUAUAACAAUAACAUAAAAUGUUUUCUUACAUAUUAUUAUUUUAUAUUAUAAAUAUAUUUGUUUAUAUCUAUGUUUUUAUGUCUAGAUGGGGGAUUUUACUUAAGUUAAUUAAUAGUAUAUUUCUGGGGGGCUGGAACAAAUGAAUUGGUUUUUAAAUGAGUGCUGUUUUGGAACAGAUUAAACUCGUUUCUAGGUGCAGCCAAUCACAGCUUUCAGUCAAAGUCUCAUUGACUUCCUGUGCUCAACGGUCUCCACUACUGAAGUAGAAAGGUAGGCCAAACAGGGACGUUUAAAUUCUUAGAAAUUGUACCAUGAAACAGUUUUAAGCCUGAAGCUGUUUUUCCUUGGAAUACACCAGAUAACCAGGAGUGUGAUUUUCAGCUUAUUUACGAACUCCAAACUCAAGGAACCAAGAAAAACUGAUGCAACACA